GUAACGACACGAAUUACAACCAGUAUAUAUUCAAUGACGCAAAGCUAAGGAUAUCGGAAAAAAUAUAUGGCUCAGAGGAGUACGUGUAUGGCUUCCAUAAUAUUAUUCUAAUGGACGAAUCUUUGUUUGAUGAUGUAUCUGUACAUACAGAAAAAGCUGCUCCUGUCGAAGAUUACAUUCCAGGAAUGCUAACAGCGAAGAACCAACAAAUCAACAUCACAUAUUUACUGAUGAAACGUUUAUCCCUCUUGCGAGAGCCGAUAUGCGACAAGACAUUUUUACCGCCCCUUGCUAGAAACCAAACCGAUGAUGAUUGUAAGUGUGACCCCCUGUGCAUGAUGAGAGAACCUUGGAAAUGUUGUUUGGACACUGCUUUAUCGUGGCCUAUCACUUGCAUUGAAGAUCGUAUUAAUAUUGCACGGCCUAUGAUGAUGACAGUCGUCAAUGGCUGUCACAGAACAGACAGUAGGUAUGAUGGUUCUGUUUACUAUGGAGCCAUUAGACAUAUGUGCGAAAAUAACGUCGGUCGAUUUCAUAUGUUCCCUGUAGUUUCUGCUGGAUCAUUAUCGUACAGAAAUAUUUACUGCUUCCUCUGCAACAACAACUUUAAAAUGAUAAAGAAUGGUCUGGAGAUUUUGUCUACGUACACCGUUUGGACAAUGCGGCUGCGGUGCUCAAAAGAGAUGAAUCUUCAUUACUCUACAAGUCUAACUGAAACAAUAUCAUGCGCACUUUCACAAAGCCUUUGUGAUUUAUAUUUUAACACUGAGAAGUCAUUUCAAUGUCCCGAAGCAUCUUCUUUGGGACAUUCUCAAUGUAAUGCCACCUUCAAUCUUCAUGAGCUUGACAAUGACAUACAAUGGGCAUGCGAAAAAUCACACUAUACUAAAUAUGUCAACAACGACUUUUGCCAACACUGCAAUCCACGAGAUCCAAUUACAGAAGACCCUGCGGUUGAUACCUGUGAUAACUCAAGCCUUAAUUAUGAUCCAUUUUACCGCGAAGCAUGCUUACUAUUUCCAAAUGCUAGCAUUACAUACAACUUAACAUCUGAGACCCGAUAUAAGAAUAGGUUUUGUGAGGCGUGCAACGAACCUUCUGCUCUAGAUUGUUUUCUCCCAAAAACCCGCCAAAAUUUAUCUCAGUCCAAACCGGGAUCAUUCCGCAUUUAUCGUCCACGGCUUAUCAAUUUAUUCAGAUUUCAUGGAGCUGCAACUCGACCUGAUGUAAAUGAAAAGGUUGACGACAGUGAUGAGUCCUGCUAUCCCGGCCGGAUGCCUACCAGUGACAAAUGCGUGUUAAUCUUCCAAAUGGCGGCGACUACAACAUACACACUUAACUUUGAAGUGGAUGUUAAUGUUACAUCAACAAAAAUCAUUCUUAUUAGUCAUCUUACCACGAUGCUCAACGAUACAUUCCAUAUACAAAGCCUACUCGAUCAAAUAUUUUCGAACAGAAUUAUGGAAUUCUUUGUCCUUCCCUUAGUAAAAUCUGCAGAUUUGGAACAGUGGUAUGGGGACUUGUAUUUCAAAGCUGUAAUUUACGUUAAAGUACAAGCCAUUGGGAUGUUCAACCGUUCCUCAGUCGAGGAUGCUUUGUAUGCUUUUCCGUCGAGAUUUCAGCGUUUUAUUAGCGAGCAUGCCGUAACCUUUGCAGGCAAUAUACAUUCCAUAACUUCAACAAGUAUAAGUAUUAUCGGUACACAGCACACACCACCGUUCAUUAUAGGAGAAUGGGAACACCCCACCUCCCCAUACGCUGACUAUUUCCGUUCUCUAAAUAACUCGUUCCUCCAAACACCUGUAACAAACAACCACGUUAGCUCCUUGCUUUUUUGUAAACAAAAUGUCUACAAGAAAAGCGAUUUCAUAAUUGAUUAUAAAGCUCUUGAAUUGGUUUGGAAGGAAUCCAACCAGCGUUUUAAGAUAGGUCAUUUUGUAAAUUCUUUAAAGGAAAAUAUACACAUUUGUCAUGAUGAUAUUCGACAGAUAAAGGCUUCCUCAUCUACAGGCAAUUUACCUCUUCGGAUAGUCACUUUGACUUGUACAGGAAUAAGUUUGAUUUGUCUAGUUUUGACUUUCAUAACGUACUGUUUAUUAAAAGAAUUGCGCACUAUCCCUGGAUUGAAUUUGAUGAACUUGGUGUUUUCUUUGUUUUGUGCGCAGCUCUUGUUUAUCUUUUCGGACAACACUGACGACCACAUUGUAUGUAAAGUCGUUGGAAUUCUACUCCACUAUUUCUGGUUGUGUACGUGUUGCUGUCUGUUGGUCUGUUGUUUUCACAUGUUUAGAGUCUUUAAUUCUCGGAAGAUCGUGCGAUCAGGAAUAAACUUUACAGCCAAUACGUUCUAUCGAUAUAUCGUGUUCUCAUACCUUUUACCGCUAGCUAUUGUUGGAAUAAACGUUUCAGUGAUGUUCGGGGUUACUAAAACGCUUGGCUAUGGACAACACAUAUGUUUUGCAGAAAAUAUAAUUUCAAAUAUCAUAUCAUUCACUAUUCCUCUCAUUGUUACAUGUUGCUGCAAUUGUUUCUUUUUCUUUAAAACCAUUAGAGGGAUUUCAGCAUCAGGUAGAAUACGAAAAGAUAAAAUGAGGGACGCGAAGACAUUUGCAAAAUUAUUCUCCAUUACAGGACUCGUGUGGAUAGUUCAGAUCAUUGAUGCCUUUGUCAGAUGGACUGUUCUAUCCUACUUAUCAACCAUCUUAGUUUGUCUCCAAGGAUGUUUUAUUUUCUUUAGUUUUUGCUGUUCAAAAACGAUCAAGCGCUUGCGGAAAGAAAAUAACAUGCCAAGUCCACCAAAAGCAAAUUUCUAUACAAUUCCUAUGGAAGAAAGGAAAAGAUCUCCAACAAAACCCAAUGAAACAGGCAUGGAUUUACCAAUAGAUGAAACUGCUGGGAAAUUACAGGCCUCGGAUGAUUCCGUUUGAGUUUGUAUGAUUCAUGUCCUAAGAAUAAUCAUUUAACAGUCACAUCAAUACAGACUGUGAAAUAUAAGCUGUAAUGAACAAACUUGUAUCAUGGCUUAUUUUUUCCUAGCAAGUCUCUAUCUCCUUUUCAAAAAUGCAUUGCUCAUGGAUAUCUGUUCUAUCGCACAAUUACAUAAACUCUUAUGCCCAAUACUGUAUGCCAAGUUUUUUUUUAACAUUAUAGAUUACUGACCGUGACCUAUCUGUACUGGCCACAUUGUUUUGUCCGUCAUGUAAUCAGCAAUGUUGUGGCUUCGUAAGGAUUGCCAUACGCCUUUUCCAUCAGUCCUAAUUCCUUUCUCUGUAAUUGGUUCAAUCGACUCUUUACACUAAAACAAACGACAACUGAUUGUUUCAUGCAGUAUAUAACAUAUCUAUUGCUUUAACAUGGCAAACAUGGGUCACAUUAAACCAUAGAACACUUCUAUAGAAUCAAGUGUGAACGUGAGUGUUAAUUGAAAUUCUGAAGUAUAUAUUCUUAUAGUCUGACGAUAUAAUUAUUAACUUUGUGUCUCUCCAGAGCCAGGAUCAGCAGCUUGGUUUUGUGUUUGUAGGACAGUGGGGGUGUGAUUGGGGAAAAUCGGCGACUCGCAAGUCAGUGGACGUUGUCAGCCGUGAUAUAUGGACCAUCCUGUCACAAUGAAACAUGGAGACGUGAUCAACGACCCAAGUUCUUUUUGCAGACUGUUUUGUUCACCUUCAAUUAAAUGACAUAUUCUUUUC